AUGGAUAAAUUCAAAAAAUGCAAAAAAAGAAAUUUGGGUCAACUGAAAAAGACCAAGACUUUUAUUAAAAAAAAAAAAAAAUUGCCAUAUGUGAACAGUAGUAACAGCAGCUCACCGAAUGAUUUUAUCACAAAUGUAAUUAUAAAAUAUAUAAACCAGAGGAAAUAUGAAAAGAGGAAGAAUGGAGGAAAUUUUGAAAAUGACAAAUUUAACGAAUUUAUAGGAAACAAGAACGCAACUGAAUUAUUGAAGGAAAGAUUAUUCGGAAAGAACGAAAUUAGAGAGACGGAUAUCGUUAAAAAUUGUCUCCUUUUUAAUGAUAAAAAUGAGAUUCUUGAAAAAGUGAGCUAUAAAAUUCUUUAUGAUGUUAUAAAAAAAUGCAUAGAUCAUGAACAUGUAUUAAUGAAAGUAGAAGAAUUAGGUUUUACAGCUGAAAAUAUAAGAGAUAAAAAUAACGAAAAUGUAAAUAUAUGUUCGAAAUACAAAGCUGAAGUUUUUUUCAAUUACAUAUAUAAGAAUUUAAAAGUUAUAAAAAUUACUAAAAAUUUUCAGAUGCUAUAUAAAUUUAUGAAUGUUAUCAUAUCCGUUACACACAUAAUACCAUAUAUGUAUAAAGUAAGAUUUAUAUUUUCUUUUUGCUCCAUUUUUAACAUCUACCAAAAAGAAUGUGAAAAUGGUGUGAAUAGUCCAUCACUGAUAGGAAAAGCCAAAAUAAGAAAUGACAAAGAGGAUAAUAACAAUCAUGGUAGUGGGAAUUUUUUCAAUUCAGACGUAGAAGAAUUUUUAAAUUUAUUUUUUGAAUUAAUGAAUGAAUUAAUAAAUCUACAUGAAAAUUAUAAUACAUACGAUGAUAAUUACAAAAUAUUUAACUUUUUUGUUUUGAGGUGGAUAUUGGUUUAUUUCCAAAAUAAGCAAAGUUUUUUUGCAAAAGGGAAAUUCAUGAACUCUUUGAUAAAAUUGAAAUACGUCAUGUUGUUAUUCACCUUGUUGAAGUUUCUACAUGAAAGUGCAAAUAAUGUGACAUCUAAGAAGUUUAAGGAUAGUGAAGGAAAAGUAUGUGUAUUAAAUAACAUCACGAUAGGAGUAUGCAAAGAAGGUACAAACGUAGUUCAUGUAAACAAUCAAGAGGAGGAAGAAAGAAAUAUUUCCCAAUUUUUAAAUGAACAUUCAUCUUUUUUUGUGGAAGAAAAGCUUGAUUCAAAUAAAACAAAUUUUUUGGAUCAUUUAUGCAAUAGUGAACAAUUAAAAAAUGAAAAGAUAAAAAAUAAUAGGGACGAAAUUAAGAUGUUGAUGGAAAAUUUUUAUGAUAAAGUCGAUUUGCGCUUGGAAAAAAGCUUGAAAGAUGUGAAAGAGACCAUGAACACAUUGACACAGAACAUAUUUAUGACAGUGUACAAUCUAUUUAACACAAUGCACCUUAUACAUAGACAUGUAGUAUUGUUGCAUUUUUCUUUUCAUUUUUUAAAAACGAAAGCAUUUGAAUACUCGUACUUUAUCAUUUUUAAUGCAUUUCAAUGGAUUGAAAAAUUAUUAACAGUUAACAAUUUUGUAAUUCAUCCGAUGAUAUUUUUGACAGCUCAGGAAGUUUUUACCUUUUACGAAAAUAUUGUUAUUCAUUUAUAUAAAGAAAAAAAUUAUACAGAGGAGGAGGAGUUUUACCAAUUUUAUGACAAGUUUAAUAGUAAACAUAGCAACGUUUAUUCAACAGUUUUGAAAAAGAUAUGGAGUUUAUAUAUGCUGAUUAUUUCUGAUGAAUACAUGAAAAGGGAAGAAGUUGGUAAAUUGAGUGAAAAUCCUUAUUUUAUAAUAAACAAAAUGGAUGAAGAAACAGAUUUAAUGAACAGUUUGAACAAAUUAACGACUGUGCUAAGAGUUAACAACUUAGAAUUUCCAGAAGAAUAUAAAAAUUUGAUACUAAAAGGUGUAGAUGAGACGUACAAAAAUUGCUUAACAAAUUGUUUAUCAAAACUGUUUCGUGUAUUAGGGUUGAACACCUUUUUUGAAGAAUACUUUUUUUUUUCAAGCAAAGAAUUAUUAUCAAAGGAUGUGUAUAUAAUAAAUAGAAUUCUCAAAGACACAAACAGAACAUACCAUGGUGGAAACUUUAAAUUUUUAAUGAAUUUUUUUUAUCCUUUGCUAAUGUAUUACAUUGAUUUAUAUGAGAAAGAAGAAGAACACAGUAUAAAAAAAAAGUUAUUCUUAACACAUAUAAAAAAUGUAUUGAUUCAUUUCUCACGUGUAUUAAAUGAUUGUAUCAACUUGUAUUAUUUCCUAUCUACAAAUAUGGAAGAUUUGUAUAUAUUAGUAACAAAGUUUAUCAAUUGUAAUGAUUUUAAAUUGCUACCUCUGUUUAUCAACUUUUUUGAAAAUUUUUACUUAUCAACGUUGAAGAUAAAUAAUAAUCAAGGUUCAGAAUGUAUUUCCCAAAUAUUCGAUAACAACAAGAUUGUUAGAGAUAUAAAAUGUAAAUACACCAUUUUAAAUUUAAAGAAAAAUAAUUUCUUUUUAAGCCAAGUUUCAGAUAAUCUGUUGAAAAUUUUUUUACCGCGAUUCAUAUCCAUUGUAACAUCUAAUUAUGAAAACAAAUUUUCUCAAGUUAAUGUAAAAACAGAUGAAAGUAGUUUAAAUAUGUCUAUGGUAAUUGAAGGAUUUUCAAAACUGAUACAUGUGGCUUUAUAUUUUUCAUCAGAUGCAAAUUUAAGUGAAAUUUCAAGCCUCCUCGAGCAGCUUAUACAAAGAAACGAAAUUGAAAAAGAAAUUUAUUCCUUAAUUAGUAUAUUAAUUGUUCUCAAAAUUUUAAUACCAUUUUUUACCUAUGAUGAACUUAUCGCAUGUUCAUCUCAUUAUAAGAAAUUAAUUUAUUUAGUGAAUGAAAUGGUUAGUAAUAAGCUGUUACUAAUUGGGAGAAUAAAAAAUGCAAGGGGAAAUAGGUGGAAUGUUAAUAGUACACAAAUAGAAAAAGGUAAAGAUGCAUAUUCGAGAAUGUCAUCUGGAGGAAACAAUUUCUGCGUCAAUCAGAUGGAGCAAUCGACGAAGCUCUUUGAUCAAAACCUGCAAGAAAAUAAUAAUAGUGCCCAGUAUUAUUUGCCUAAGCAGGUGAGUGAAACUAUGUACACUGAUGGGAUAUACCAUCCAAUUGGCAAUGAAAAUGGUAAUCCAAUGCUGAAUAACAACUACUGGAACAGGAACAUAACAACGAACACAUGUGAUAUAGAUCCAUGUGGUGAUACAAAUCAGAUGCAUGAAAAUAGUAAAGAGGAGGAGGAGGAAGAAGAAGACUGCAUGUUACAUAGAAAAAACCAACGUAGCUACAAAAAAAACUUAAGAAGAGGGAAAAAAGACCAAAGUAGUAGUAAUAUUGGAAAAAGAAGCAAAAUUAAAAAUUUUAUUAAAAAGAAAAAAAAAAACAAUAAUUGUUCACAGAUGGAAAGGUUGAGAAGAACAAAAAUUACAAAAGAGAUCAAAAUGGAUGUAGAAAAGUACAAAUUUAUAAAGAUGUUAAUAUAUGAUAACGUUGCAUCCAUGUUUAAAUAUUUCGGCAAUAUAUUUUUAAAAAAAAAUCACACCACUGGCUUUGGCAGUGGAGAUGAUGGGAUUAAGAACCCAAGAGGCAGCUUAUGUUUGAACAAAAACGAGAUGCAUAUCCUUAACAGCAUAUAUAGCAACAGUAAAGUGACAGAAAGUAAACUCCCUGUAAUGUUGACCAAGGAAAAUAUUUUUUUAUUUUUUGAAAAUCUUGAUAAUUACAACAUUAAUAAGUAUAUUAAAAAAUUUUACGUGUAUUUAAACAGCUUACUAUUUUACUUGAAUGAGUGUAAACAUGUGGAUAGAGAUUAUUGUUACGAUUUAUUUUUUAAAAUUUUGCCAAUCACUAUGAAAUCUUUAUUUUAUAUCAAUAAAAAAUUUACAGCUAAGUUAGGGAAAAAUAGUUUCUUCGAACACAUAAUAAAGUUGGGAUCCUCAAAUUUAAAAAAAUUAUUUUUACAUGUGACACCCGGUUUGUUAAUGGAAGAAGCUAGCUGCAAAAAGACAGCUAUUCAUCUAUUACACUUAUUAAUAAAAAGGUAUAAAAUUGAGUAUGAUGACCAGGUGCAGUUAUUUAGUGUAUGUUUAGCCUUAUCAAAUGCUAGUGAGAAGAAUUUAUUAAAAGUAUUUUUAAAAUUUCUCCUCUCAUGCGUGUAUCGGUUUAACAAAGAUGUUAUACUAGAUAACAUAACACAGUUAACGAAACUUCUAAAUGACAUUUCAGAAAUUAGGAAGGGGGUUAAAAAAUACACCAUUGAAAAUUUUUUAUUAAGAUUACACUACUUGGUAAGCAAAUCGGAACAAGUAGUUGAACAAAAACAGAAUCCAUAUGACAUUAUCGUGGCGUAUCUGUCAAAACAUAAUAGAAAAAUAUUCAACAAAUUAGUUCAUAAAAAAAAUUUCAAAAGUGGCAAUAGUAGUGAUGAUGGCAAUGAUAUGAAUGAUUAUUUGAAUGGGAAGGAAAUGGAACAUGAUAAGAAAAGAAAGAAGAUAAAAAGGAAAGGUACACACGUAUCUCUUUCCUCAUCAGAUGAAGGAUCAUCUGUCAUAUCCUAUGCAAUAUCUGAAGAUGAUGAUGUGUCAUCCGAUUCAAGUGGAAAAAGUUCAUAUAACGAUGGCUUACUUGAAAAUGGUAAAAUGGCUAAAAAGGCAAACGAGGAUCCAGAAAAGUGGGAAGAACAUAAAAUAAUGGAAAAUGAUAAAAGGAAAAACAAAUUAAAUAGAAAAAAAUCGAACAAGGCAACCAAUCAUGAUGUGAAGAUAAAAAGUCAGAACCGAAAUUUAACGAAAUUUUUUGAAAAUUUAAAAAAUACAAGAGGUUCUAAAGAAACUACUUACAUUAAAAGUACUCUGGAUAAUAUCCUGCAAAGAACUCCAAAAAAAAAUAGAAAUAAUAAAAAUAAUAAACAUACAAAUAUUAAAGUUAAUAAAAAAGUCAGUGAUGUUCUUAACAAUUUAGGAAUAUCCCUAUUUAAAAAGAAACCAAAUAUCGCAUUUACGAAUCAAAAGGAAAUAAAUGAUUUAUUUGGUAAACAGUAUUUUACUAUGCAGAGUUUAAGAAAGGAAAAAACAAAUCCAAAAGGAAAACAUUCAGUUGAUUUUAAUUUUGAUGAUGAAGAGGAGGAGGAGGAAGCAGAAAAUGUAGAAAUAGGCUUGGAUGGAAAAAUAAUUGUUCAUCCAGCAAAUUCAAUAUCGCAAACUUCUAGAAACAAAAAAAAAGAUGAAAUGAUUAAUAGAAAAUAUAACCACGUGAAUGAAAAACAAAAUAUUCACUCCAAAUUUAGGUUACAUAACAAAUCGAAAUAUAAUAAAAAAAAGGCGAACAACUUCGUCACAGCAGAUAAAAAGUUAUAUACAUCAAAGAAGGGAAAAGGGGAUAUAAUCAAAAAGGAUAAAUUGUUACCAUAUUCUUAUGUUGAAUUGAAGCCACUUAUGACAAAAGAAAAGUUUAGGACAAAAACACUUCAUGCUUUUAGAUCAAUUAAAAAUAAUUCCAAAAGACGGGGAAGAAAAAGAAAAAAUUAA